GGCGGUUGCCGCGGUAACGGCGCGACGGCGGCGGCGAUGGAGGGCGGCGGGCGGCCCUCGGCCGCGCAGGCCGUGCUGCUGGCCGCCAGCACCGCCCUCACCGCGCUGCUCUACUCCGUGUACCGGCAGAAGGCCCGCGUCGCCCGCGGCCUCGAGGGCGCCAGGAGGGUCCGGCUGGACGCGGACCUGCGGGCGGUGCUGCUGGAGGCGCCGGGGCGCUGCGUCCCCUACGCGGUCAUCGAAGGUGUGGUGCGGUCCGUUAAGGAGACCCUGAGCAGCCAGUUUGUGGAGAACUGCAAGGGCGUCAUUCAGAGGCUGACGCUGCAGGAGCACAAGAUGGUGUGGAACCGAACAACCCACCUCUGGAAUGACUAUGAGAAGAUCAUCCACCAGAGAACCAACACGGCCCCCUUCGACCUGGUCCCUCAGGAGGAAGGCGCCAGUGUCACAGUCAGGGUGAUGAAGCCACUGGACGCUGCUGAGCUCAGCCUGGAGACCGUGUAUGAGAAAUUUCAUCCCUCUGUCCAGUCCUUCACUGAUGUCAUCGGCCACUACAUCAGCGGAGAGCGCCCCAAGGGCAUUCAGGAGACGGAGCAGAUGCUGAAGGUGGGCACGGCACUGACGGGGGUGGGAGAGCUGGUUCUGGAUAACGCCACGAUCAAGCUGCAGCCCCCAAAGCAGGGCAUGCCCUACUACCUGAGCGCCAUGGAUUUUGACUCCUUGCUGCAGAAACAAGAAUCAAACGUGCGGUUUUGGAAAAUCCUGACCGUUGUUUUUGGCUUUGCCACCUGUGCUGUCCUCUUUUUCAUCCUACGGAAGCAAUACCAGCAUCACCGAGAGAGGCAGCACCUCAAGCAAAUGCAGGAUGAAUUCCGGCAGGCCCAGGAGCGCCUGAUGCGUGAAAUGAACGCGGAGGGCGGAGAGACGCUCAAAAACGCCUGCAUCAUCUGCCUGAGCAACACCAAAGCCUGCGUCUUCCUGGAGUGUGGGCAUGUUUGCUCAUGCAACGAGUGCUACUGGGCUCUCCCUGAGCCCAAAAAGUGCCCGAUCUGCAGGCAGGCCAUCACCAGGGUGGUUCCCUUAUACAACAGUUAAAUUUCUGUGGCCGGGGAGGGGGAGCUUUUGGCUUUAAAGCUGCCUUUUGUGAAGGGGGUUUCUUACCUCACAGCUUGGGUGGUUGAUUUUGGGGAAGGGGAGGGAGCUUGAGUGAGUGGGGUACUUGGACUGGGGUGCAAAGCCGGGUCUUAAAAGGCAAUGGUCCAGCCGAUGUGGGCUCACAUCGCGCUCCGGAGGUUUUCAGGGGGAGACGAGUCCUCACAAGGGGCACGGUGCUUAGCCGGGAGGUGCAGUUUCAAGCUCUUUGGUUAAGAGUUGGACUCUCGGGGUUUGCAUCACAGCUGACUGAGCCUGCGAUCCCGUACCCGGCUUCAAAAAACAUUGUGGGGGGGGAAAAAAAAAAAUGCAUUACGGCUUCUCAGAGGCUGCAGAAUUCGGGUGAUGCUGCCACACUGGGGCACGAUGGAGCAGAAUCGGCUCUCGGAGCGCUUGUGCGGGGGCUUGUGUGUACGCAAGUAAUUCUGUGAUCAUCCACGAAAUGGAUUUGUGACUGUAUCACGCCAGGACACGAGACUGAGGAGGUGAAAACACUGUGGCUGAUUUCUGCACUCGGCUUGAGCUGGGAUAGAAAAUGAGAUGUAAAGUAAUAAAAUAGGACGAAAAG